GACUGCUUGCUCAUUCAUUCUUCCGUCCCGACUUUUCAUUAUAUUUAUAUUUCGUAUGUCAAUUGUCAAUUACGUCAAAUAACAACUGUCAAGUUUGAAUAUUGCGCUGCAGUUUUUUUAAUUGGAUAAUUCGAUUUAUUUGAUGCGUGACUGUUGCGUUGUAUAGCUGCGUCUUUUAUUUUUAUUGUGUUAGUGAUAUAAUUUACAUUUAACGGGCGGUGCGGUCAGAGGUGACUUGCAUUAACAAUGGGCCGAUUCCUAGUAAUAAUGCUGUUUGCGGUGGUCACCUGUGUGACCGCCUUCAGCAGGGUGCCGUUGUACCGCAUGCAGUCGGUGCGCAAGCACAUGCACGAAGUGGGGACUGAGCUGGACAUCCUGCGCGUGAAGUACGCCGUCUCAGGGCCCGCGCCGGAGCCGCUCUCCAACUAUCUUGAUGCACAAUACUACGGACCGAUCUCGAUCGGAUCGCCGCCACAGUCUUUCAAGGUGGUUUUCGACACGGGCUCUUCAAACUUGUGGGUGCCCUCUAAAAAGUGCCACCUCACAAACAUUGCUUGUUUAGUGCACAACAAGUAUGACAGCACUAAGUCCAAGACAUACCGCGCCAACGGCACGCAGUUUGCCAUACAGUACGGCUCAGGCAGCCUCUCUGGCUUCCUCUCAACCGAUGAUGUCACUGUGGGCGGCCUGUCGGUGCGCUCGCAGACGUUCGCGGAGGCGAUGUCGGAGCCGGGGCUGGCGUUCGUGGCCGCCAAGUUCGACGGCAUCCUCGGCAUGGCAUUCAGCAGCAUCUCCGUGGACGGCGUGCCGCCCGUAUUCGACAACAUGGUGGCGCAGGGACUCGUACAACCAGUCUUUUCCUUCUAUCUCAACAGAGACCCUUCGGCAACGCAAGGCGGCGAGAUCAUCCUGGGCGGGUCGGACCCGGCGCACUACCGCGGCAACUUCACCUACGUGAAUGUAGACAAGCCCACCUACUGGCAAUUCCACAUGGACUCUGUCUCCGUCAAGGGACAGAAAUUCUGCGCUAAGGGGUGCGAAGCGAUCGCGGACACGGGCACUUCGCUGAUCGGCGGGCCGGUGGCGGAGGUGGCGGCGCUGAACGCGGCGCUGGGCGCGACGCCGCUGGCGCUGGGACAGUUCAUGUUCGACUGCGCGCUCGUGCCGCGCCUGCCGCGCGUCAGCUUCGGCAUCGGUGGCAACACCUUCACGCUCGACGGCGUCGACUACGUGCUGCGCGUGAGCACCGCUUCUCUACCAUUACGACACUGUAGCUAGUCGCAUCUCUCACCU